AAAUAAAAUUCAAAAUUUCAUCACUAUAAAUACCCCCACUUUCACCAAUAAUUAACUAAGUAAUCUUAAGAGCUACCAAAAAAAAAAAAAUAAAUAACACAAUGGCGUUUUCACCACGAAUUUCAUCGUCGCUACUAUUAACUUGCUUGUUUGGUUUAGCCCUACUCCAAACCCUUGGCGCCCAAAACUCCCAACAAGACUACCUGAACGCCCACAACUCUGCUCGGUCCGCGGUCGGUGUGGGGAACCUGGUUUGGGACAAUACGUUGGCCUCAUACGCACUCCGUUAUGCAAACGAACACAUCGGGGACUGUAGGCUUGUCCAUUCUGGAGGACGCUAUGGCGAGAACCUUGCAGGGAGCAGUGGUGAUCUUUCCGGCACAGACGCCGUGAGGUUGUGGGUUGCCGAAAAGGUGGAUUACAAUUACAACUCAAACUCAUGCCGCUCUGGUAAGGUUUGCGGACACUACACUCAGGUGGUAUGGCGUAACACGGCUCGUGUUGGGUGUGCUAAGGUUCGGUGCAAUAAUAAUAGGGGUACCUUCAUUAUCUGCAGCUAUGAUCCCCCAGGAAACUAUGUUGGCCAGCGUCCUUAUUGAUUAAUACGUACAUAUACUUAUGAUAUAUAUAGUAUCUGUAAUCUUAACAAUAAAUAAGCUGCUUAUAAUUAAGCAUAUGCGAAAAUAAGAUUCACGAAAUUAACUAAUAUAUAUAUUUGUGUGUUUGUUUAAUCAUGAUCAAUUGAUGGUGUGUAAACGUACGUACGUAUGUAAUUUAUGUCCAAUCAGCAAUAUUUUAUGAGAACAAUGUUGAAAAGCAUACAUGCGUGUAUGUUUAUAUCGAACCAAAAA